AGAAUAUUGAGAGGAUGUCCUUCUCUGAAAAAGAAUGAAAAUUGAUUACAUCUUGGGCCUCUACAGUUAGGCGAGACAAAGAUAUCCCUCUUAAGGCUGAAAAGUAUUUCCCAAUGGAAUUGAUGUGAUCUGCAUCCAUGGCCACCAUUGCUGUCACUCAGACAGGUACAGCGAAGAUCACAAUCAUACACCUCAACGGCCACAACCUGUCACCAUACACACAAGAAAGAAAAAAGUCUAAUCAGGACCAAAAAUUAUGUCCUACAGUUGUACAGAUGCAAUCGCAGCAGCUACUACAGUGUCCGUUGCUAUAUAAUCAGCAGCAUCAAUGCAGUCCUCUCCUCACCAUCAAUCCAUUCCUCCAUCUAAUCCCGAUUGAAAUGGCGCCCAAGGUGUUCGUCCCGCUCUGCGUCGUCGUCCUCGCCGCGGCGCUCGCCGCGGGGCCGCCGGUGGCGGACGCGGCGUCGGCGCACCUCCACUUCUACAUGCACGACGUGCUGGGCGCGUCGGCGGUGCAGGUGGUGCGGGGCCCGCGCGGCAUGUUCGGGAACACGGUGGUGAUGGACGACGUGCUGACGGAGGGACCCGCGGCGACGUCGUCGGUGCUGGGGCGCGCCCAGGGGCAGUACAUCGUGGCGUCGACGGGGAGCAUGGACCUGAUGGUCACCAUGAACGUCGUUCUCAGCUCCGGCCCGUUCGCCGGCAGCUCGGUGACCGUCGUCGGGCGCGACGACACCGGCGCGGCGGUGCGGGAGCUGACGGUGGUGGGGGGCACGGGGCAGUUCAGGAUGGCGAGAGGGUACGUGCUGUGGAGGACCAUCCGCCCUGACCUGCUCGAGCUCGACGUCUACGUUAACCCGUAGAAAAGAUAAGAGAGACGAUGACGAUGAGGAUGAUGAUCUGUCGAAAACGGACACGUCAUUCGCCCAGUCAGCAUCUGUGUUCGUGUGUAUGUGUGUGACGUGGCGUGUUCUUGCACAGGUGUCGUACCGGUAAAGGCUUAUCCUUGUGGUGUGUGUGUGUCCGGUGAAAAAAUAAGCUUGACAUGGGCGAACCUGAUGGGUAUAAUAAUAAUUCUUAUAUACUAUAUAUUUAAUUUACUGAACAUUAUUAUCAUACGGAACAUUGAAA